CGAAAUAUAUAAAAAAAAUGGUUCUUACAAGAGAAAUCAUCGAAAAGAUUGAAAGUGCGGUAAACAUAGCGGUGAAUAAAUCGCUAAAAUCGGAUUCAUUUGUGAACACAAUCGCAAACGAUAUAUCGGCCGCCGUGAUAAAAACGGUCAUCAAAAAGUUGUCGCAAUUAGAAGCAGAUGUGGAAAUUCUACAGGGUGAUCUCUCGAAAAUGAGAAAGGAGUUUGAUUCGAAAAUAAAUAAAAUCCAACACAUUGUUCAGAAGACAAAUAAUGAAAAAUGUGUUUUGGAAAAAAAAUUUGAACAAAUGGAUCAAGCAACUAGGAGAAUGAAUUUGAGAAUCUUUAACUAUAAGGAAAAAGCAAAUGAACACGUUAGGGAAGAGCUCAUCCAAAUUUUCAACGCAAAAAUGGCCACAAACGUCUCCACCAAAGAUAUCGAAAUAUGUUACCGUGUUGGACAAAAAAACGAAAGUAAGCCAAGAUGCAUUUUCAUGAAACUGAAUAGUUAUGAAACCAAACAUGCAAUAUACAGCAAGAAGAAGAUGCUGAAAGGAACUGGAAUAGUAAUCAGGGAGGACCUCACAAGUCAGAGAGUAGCGCUACUUUCUAAAUGCGCCGAAAAAGUUGGUUUCAAAAAUGUUUGGACUGAAUCCGGAAAAAUUCAUGUUAAUGUGAAUAAUAAAAUACAUAUUCUCAAAUCUGAAGAGGACUUUGAAAAAGUAUUUGCAGAAUAG